AUGUUUUUUGUGUGUUUGUUGCCUUCUUUUUUUUUAUUGUCUUUGCGGGAGAUCAACGCGAUGCCAAAGAGUGAUUCAUCACCCGCCCUUGAGAAGCCACGGUCCACCACCCCGCAGCCCGCCGAACCGGAAGCCUCCAAUAAAAACAAAUACACGGAUCCAUUGGAUCUCGAAGAUAAUGAAAUAGAGACCGUGGAGAUGUCAACUAAAACGCAAGCCGCUGUCCAUUUGCCGCCUCGGACACUGCAGCAAGAAUCACCGGAGGCGUGUACGGCUCACGGUGCAAAUACGGUGCAUGCGCUGGCAGCAGGAGUACCAGCUUACUCCGGCGGGGAGGAAAAUGAUCAGAACCCCUUUCACAAGGGGAAAAGGGAGAUUUCUACGACGUCACAACUUACAACAAGUGCUAGCGCGAUCCAAGACUCAGCCACGGAACCGGAUGGGAAAAAGUUCUUCAUUUCAGUAGAGGUUACAUCUGAUGGCGUCACACGACUGGAGGAACUUGACCCGCGGGAACUUGCACGUUUGUAUGCACAACAACAAGCUGCCCUUCGUUCUAUUUCCGGGGAGUUUGAUAUUUUAUAUGUACCUGAUUGGGUCCGCCUCCACCCUUUGCUGGGAUCCUACGUGGCAGAAGCAUUUGGAACUUUUGCCUGCGUGCUCACUCUUUCUCUUGUCAGCGUUCGUAAUCAAAGUCUUUUUGAUAGGAGUAAUGAUACUAACAUGACUGCUCUUCCGAUUGGAUUUAUGUUCAUGUGCAUGGUGUUUACUUUUGGCUACAUUUCUGGCGGCCACUUUAACCCCGCCGUCACAAUGGCUGUGUUUCUCGUACGAAAGUUGGAUUUUGUGCGAGCCGUGGGUUACACAAUUUGCCAAACUGGGGCGUCCCUUGGCGCCGGGCUUGUGGCUAUGGCAAUUCAAGGAGGCACGGACAUAUUUGUGCCGUACGUAGAUAAGGCUUAUGUCUCUUCUGGUAUAUUCUCAGAGCUCAUAUUUACUUUUGCUAUCGCAACGGUGGUGCUGAAUGUGGCGUACUCCCGGCAGAGCGGGAAUUUUUUCUACGGUUUUGCUAUUGGAAUGACUGUCGCCGCCGGUUCUGCAUCUGUGGGACGAAUUUCUGGCGGUGCCUUUAAUCCUGCCGCCGCCACGGGCCUGCAGUUGGCACUUUGCCUCACCGGUAACUGCGAACCCUUGGCGUCUUUUUGGAUCUACUGGAUGGCGCCACUUGUUGGCUCUGCACUAGCUGCCUUGCUGUACGCGAAUCUCUCACAACCAGAAAACACCCGGGCUCUUACAGAUGCUGCGGUGCUGCGGGCGGACUCGGCCGCAAACGGUGUGGCUCCGGUGCAAUAG